GUGGCUGGGAGAGACCCCCGGGCCGGGCCGGAUCGGGCCGGGCUUCUCGCGAGAGAGGCGGCGCAGCCCCAGCCGGAGGAGGAGCCGCGGCCGGGGCUGGCCGGAGAAAGCCAGCGGGACAAACGCGCGGCCGGAGCGCGAUCCAGGCAGCGGGGCCGGGCGGAGGUUGUGACCAUCCCAAUCAAAGCCAUGUUGGAUUCCAGAGGUUUUCCGUUGAAUUGGAGAUGAGCUCGGCGAGGAAGUAGCUGAAGAUCCCACCUGGCAGAAUGACCAAGGCACGGCUUUUCCGCCUCUCGGUGGUCCUCGGCUCCAUUUUCAUGAUCUUGUUGAUCAUCGUGUAUUGGGACAAUGUCGGGACCGCACAUUUCUACCUCCACACCACCCUCUCGAGGCCUCAGGGGGUGCUCCCCACAGCGGGGAAGGACAACCCAGCUUCUCUGCUGGAGAUGGAUGACUUUUUGGAGAACCUUUUAAAUUCCAACCUGAAAAAGAACAUGGAUGUGGGCCGGAAGGCAGAGAAACCCAAGCCGCCCUUGCGUGCUUCAAGCAAACCCGGGGCCAGCAACUUGGAGGAGAACGUCAGAGGCUACGACUGGCCCACCCGGGAGACCAACAUGGUGCUGGACCAAGCAAAGUUGCAGAAGGAGAGACGGCAGAUGUUGCAGGACUGGUGUGCCAAUUCCAGCUUCUCCUUCCCAACCAAGGAGAGGACCUUCGAUGACAUUCCUAACUACGAGCUCAACCACCUCAUCGUCGAUGACCGUCAUGGCAUCAUCUACUGCUACGUCCCCAAAGUGGCCUGCACCAACUGGAAGCGGGUGAUGAUUGUCCUGAGCGAAAGCUUAAUGGAUCAAGGCGUCCCCUACGUUGACCCUUUGGACAUUCCCCGCGAGAACGUCCACAACACCAGCACCCACUUCACCUUCAACAAAUUCUGGCGCCGCUACGGCAAGUUCUCCCGCCACCUCAUGAAGAUCAAGCUCAAGAAGUACACCAAGUUCCUCUUCGUCCGGGACCCUUUUGUUCGGCUGAUCUCGGCCUUCCGGAGCAAAUUUGAGUUGGCCAACGAGGAAUUCUACCGCCGGUUUGCCAUCCCCAUGCUCAAGCUCUACUCCAACUACAGCAGCCUGCCGACGUCGGUGAGCGAAGCCUUCGAGGGUGGUUUCCGCGUCUCCUUCUCAGACUUCAUCCAGUACUUGCUGGACCCUCGGACAGAAAAAUUGGCCCCUUUCAACGAGCACUGGAGGCAGGUGUACCGCCUGUGUCAUCCCUGCCAGAUUGACUAUGACUUUGUCGGCAAACUGGAGACCUUGGAUGAAGACGCCACGUACUUGUUGCAACUUCUCAAGGUGGACCAUCUUCUCCACUUCCCUCCCAGCUACCGGAACAGGACAGCCAACAGUUGGGAGGAGGACUGGUUCGCUAAAAUCCCCAUGGCGUGGCGACAGCGGUUGUACAAACUCUACGAGGCCGAUUUUGUACUUUUCGGAUAUCCUAAACCAGAAAACCUGCUCAAAAACUGAGCAAGAGCGAGGUGGAGGAGUGUCCCCCCCCAAAUCCCAAAGAAUCCUCCUUAUUUGACGUCCCCCAAAUCAGGGGGUCCCCCAUUUCCAGGUCGUGGCCUGGGACUGGGCUGCGGCCUAUUCAGAACCGGGCCACAUGAGUAGAAGGUGAGUGUGCACACACAGCUCGAUUUGCGUGAGCGGUGGGCACUCCCUCUUGUGCGUGCAGGAAGCUCCAUUUGGGGGAGCAGCAGGUGUGCCCACUGCUCGCCCCAAUGGAGCUUCACAAAUGCGCAUGAGUGCCCCUCACUCACGCAAAUGGAGCUUCAUGCACAUGUGCGAGUGUUUGCCAUUUGCACAAAUGGAGCUUCACAAAUGCUCACAAGUGCCCGUCACUCGUGCAAAUGGAGCUUCACAUGUGUGCGUGAGAGGCCACUGCUUAUUCCAAUCGAGCUGCGGGUGUGAGCAUGCUUGCCGCUCACACAGAACCAUUUCCUCCCCCCCCACCACCACCAGUCUGCAAAGCUGGAAAGGUUGGGGACCACUGCCCCCAAAUAACAAGGUCGCUCUUGGUGGCUCUCCACAAGUGUCCCUUUUCCUCAGGGGUAAAAUGUAAAAUUUGUUACUACUGGUUCUGUGGGUGUGGCUUGGUGUGUGUGGGGGUAAUGUGAUGGUGGGCGUGGACAACUUUUUUAAAAAAAACUUUUCAAAGCAUUUUUUCUACAACCUCUUCAAAAAUGCUUUGAAAAGCCUCUGCCGAUCAGGCAACACAGCUGGGAUCGUCAGAGUGGCUUUUAAAGGCAUUUUUUUCCCCUACAACCGCUUCGGCCGAAGAGGUUGCAGAAAAAAAUGCUUUGAAAAGCCUCUGACGAUCCCAGCUGAGCCGCGCGAUCAUCAGAGGCUUUUUUUUUUUUUUACUUUUAAAAGCAUUUUUUCGGUGGAAGAGGUUGUAGAAAAAAUGCUUUUAAAAGAAAAGAAAGAAAAAGCCUCUGAUGAUCGUGCAGCUCAGUUGGGCAUGGUGGUGGUGGUGGUGGGGGGCACGCAGGGAUUUUUGCUACCAGUUCUCCGAACCGCCUGCCGCCAUCGCUACCGGAUCGGGCGAUCCGGUCCGAACCGGGAGCAUUUCACCCCUGCUUUUUCUACAGCCUUUUACACACUGCUCGGUGGCGAGCUCCUGAAACCUUCCGCAGAAAAAGUUCUCGAACCCCCUCUUUGGUUUUUUUUGUCCAGUGUGACCUCUUUAUUUUUGCCGUUGUCUUACGAUCCGGUGGGUUCCGCCGCUGUUUUAUGUUGAUGCUUUUUCUCGGUGCGUCUAAAACAAAUGGAAAGAAAGAAUUAAUAUAUUAAAGAAAAAUAUUUAAUACGGAGCCUGCCUCGGGAAG